AUGGAUGAUUCACCACUGAGAUCUAAGAGCCUCUCGCCUCCCACACAGCUCUCUUCCCCACAAAGAGAUCUGGUGCGCCAGGUCCUUCCUGAUAUUGAAGAACUACGCGACUAUAACAACAUCAACCGAUGGCUCGACGACGUCCAAUCAGCCCUGAUGCAAUGGGAUCUGCUAGAAUACAUUGACCCUACCGCUCCGAGACCAGACCAUGACGAUGAAGACUAUGAGCAAUGGAAGCAACAGGCCAAAUUGAUCUUUUGCUGGCUGUACCUUCACACCUCACCUACCAUCUGCGAAGAUCCUAUUUUCAUCCGUCGUCGCCCACGAUUUCCUGAAGAUCUCAUCGAAACUGUCAAGGAUAUCGUGAGCCGUGUUGAUCUCGAGGUUUCCAACUAUCUCUGGUGGUCCACAUUCCAAAUGGAGCCAUUCAACUAUAGAUCUUUCGAUGAAUUUUUCGCCUCGUACAGGGACUCUGCCGAGAGUGCCAUCUUGGUGGGAGCUAUCACCCCUUAUCAAGCCUUCUUCAUUCUGCAUCAGCAUCUCAUGAACCUGGAAGAGGUCUUUGAGCCACCGUACUCUGAGUACAGUGACACAAUCCAUAGCUUCGGUAUGGCUGAUGAAUGUCCUAAAAACAUGACCGAGGAAACAUUCAGGAUGUUCUGCGAACAUGUUGAAGAGCUAACCAGGAGCGCUGAUCACACUUGGCAAUACAUGGGCAAAAAACGAAGGCUGGUAUAG